AUGCCACCAGUGUCGCUGUCGUUCAAGCGCUUACAACAACGCUUGCGAAGAUCUCUUUGUUAUGGGAGUCGUCAAAUGAAGUCGUUGCCGCUUCCACUUUCCGAACUUGCAAUGGACUAUUUCGAUAGGCAUUGUCCGUAUGAUUACAUGAGCAUGGAUUCAGCAACCUCUUUAUCACGUCAUGGAUGUGUGGACGCUUGUACAUUUUUAAUAGCAAUGGUUUAUCUUGAUCGUAUACGAACUGCUGAUAAAACUUGUUUUGAAUCUUCUGACCCGGGCGAAUUAUAUCUUUCAGCUCUUAUAAUUUCAAGCAAAUAUCUUCAUGAUGUAGGACAACGGGAAUUCGUUUACAAUGACGAGUGGGCUGCAUUAGCCAGUAUCUCUUUGAAACGAGUCAAUGAAAUGGAGCUGAGCGUUCUAGAUGCUAUUCAUUGGAACACCAAUGUAAGUUAUGUUGAAUUUGUGCAGAUAUUAGAAGAAGUGGAAGUAUGGGUAGCAAAGGAUAGCCUAGAAAAACGCGGGUUUUGUACUUAUAAUGAAAUAGCUAUACUUCUGUCGAAGGCAAGUAUCAUAUCUGAUUGCGUUAAGCUUUUAAUGUUAUCACUUGCUGCAUUUACUUUUGUUUAUUCUACUGCGAUUAUUUCACUUCUUAUAUUUCCUCAUAUUGCGAUAUCAACAAGUAUUCAACACAACUUGGUAAAAAACGAUAGAUAUAUAUUGUCUGCCAGCCCCACUGUUGAUAACGUGACGCAACAAAAGAUAGUUACUUCUUCUCUUAUACCUAAUAAUUUUUACGGCUGGUACAUAUCCCAUGUUCAUCGUGUUUUUUGCUCCUUAUUAACGUCAAAUAUUGCUAUUAAAUAUAAUAUGCUCUUCAAUCGAACUACUUUUUGGGAAGACGCUUUAUCAGUAUACGGUUUACACAGCUGA